AUGGAGAAACUCCCUAUCUCGACGGCCAACGCUACGCCUCUGACUAUGCAGUGGAGGGGAGUUGUCACACUCCAAAAUGAGGUUUAUUUAAAGGAUCAGCGCUCCCACUGGCAUCGAUGCUUUCAAAUCGAGACUGCGAAUCCACUCGCGCUUCGCCAUCACUCCGUUUUCACAUUGAACAUAGACGACGACAAGCCAUUGGACGACGGCACUAUCGUUACCAUGGCGGGGGAACUGAUAGCUCCCAAUGAUGGAACUGAGUCAAUGAUUGUCAUGUACGGCGAAGUCGAAGUUUUGACGCCGACUGCUGCAAUCCUUUCUGGCCAUCGCUUGAAUAACCUCGCCGUUCACAGUCGGGGCAUUGUCCUACAACGCACAGGCGACGAGAAUAACUGGAGUUCAUUGAUUGUGAAUCACAACGUAUUCGUCAACUCUUCGGUACGAUGGAUUUGGUACACGGCAAUGUAUGUCGACAUUGGAGACAAGGUGCUACCAAUGUUGACAGACUUGCGCUCAGGCUCCAUCGUGGACCUCUCUGGCACCGUUCUCGAAUAUAACGAUGAGUCCAACAUGUGGAUAAUACAGGUGAGAAUUACAUGGCCUAAUAUGAACGUAUCUGACAAAUCAUUUAUGUUACCCGAGCCACUCAGAGCCUGA